AUGGUCCACCACAAAGUCACAAUCGUCGGCUCCGGCCCUGCCGCCCACACUGCCGCCAUCUACCUUGCCCGUGCUGAGGUCAAGCCAACCAUGUACGAAGGUAUGUUGGCUAACGGUAUCGCUGCCGGAGGCCAGUUGACCACCACAACAGAUAUUGAGAACUUCCCUGGUUUCCCAGAGGGAAUCUCCGGAACCGGUUUGAUGGAUAACAUGAGAGCACAGAGCGAGAGAUUCGGUACGGAAAUUAUCACCGAGACCAUCUCCAAGGUUGACCUUUCUCAAAGACCAUUCAAGUUGUGGACUGAAUGGAACGAGGAUGCCGAGCCAAUUACUACCGAUGCCGUUAUCAUUGCUACCGGUGCCUCUGCUAAGAGAAUGAACAUCCCUGGUGAGGACAAGUACUGGCAGCAAGGUAUCUCUGCCUGUGCAGUGUGUGAUGGAGCUAUUCCUAUGUUCAGAAACAAGCCAUUGGCCGUCAUUGGUGGAGGUGACUCUGCCUGUGAAGAGGCUUUGUUCUUGACCAAGUAUGCCUCCAAGGUGUACUUACUUGUGAGAAGAGACGUUUUGAGAGCUUCUCCAAUUAUGCAGAAGAGAGCCAUGAACCAUGAGAAGGUUGAGAUCUUGUGGAAUACCUCGGCCCUUGAAGCCAAGGGUGACGGCAAGUUGUUGUCUAGUCUCGAUAUUAUCAACAACAAGACCAAGGAGACUUCUUCGCUUCCAGUCAACGGUUUGUUCUACGCCAUUGGCCACAUUCCUGCCACUUCGGUGUUUGCUUCCCAGUUGAACACCGACGAAACCGGUUACAUCAAGACUGUUCCAGGUACCACCGAGACUUCUGUUCCAUUUGUGUUUGCUGCUGGUGACGUUCAGGACAAGAAGUACAGACAGGCCAUCACUUCUGCUGGUACUGGAUGCAUGGCAGCCUUGGACUGUCUUGCCAAGUUUGAUGAGGAGGAGGAGUGA